UGUGUGUGACGGAGGUGUGUGUGUGUCAGAGUGCUGCUGUCUCUUGGCCAUGGCCUGUCUGAUGGCCGCCUGGUCUGUCCACAACCCCACCGUCACCAACUCCAUCAUCAUGAACACCAACGGGCCCCCGGACCUGAUGUUGGAUCCCCGGACGGUGUGUGUUUGUAUGGAUGAGGUGGUCAGCAAGCGGCCGACAGGCAGCCAGCAGACACCACUUCUGCAGGGACACCCGAAGAAGGUGGACAACAACUUGACGGAAGCCCAGAGGUUCUCCUCAUUACCUCGUAGACCAGCGGUCAACAUUGAGUUUAAGGAUGUCUCCUACUUGGUCAGAGAGGGACCCUGGUGGAGGAAGAAAGGUUACAAAACUCUGCUCAAAGGGAUCUCUGGGAAAUUCACCAGCGGGGACCUGGUGGCCAUCAUGGGGCCCUCAGGAGCCGGGAAGUCCACCCUCAUGAAUAUCCUGGCCGGGUACAGGGAGACGGGGAUGAAAGGUGAGAUCCUGAUCAAUGGUCAGCCCAGAGACCUGCGCUCCUUCCGGAAGGUUUCCUGUUACAUCAUGCAGGACGACAUGCUGCUGCCCCACCUCACCGUACAGGAGGCCAUGAUGGUUUCAGCCAAUCUGAAGCUGCUGGAGAAGGUGGAGGCUCGCAGAGACAUGGUCCGGGACAUCCUGAUGGCUCUGGGUUUGCUAGACUGUGCUAAAACCAGGACUUCUCACCUGUCGGGGGGUCAAAGGAAGAGACUGGCCAUUGCUCUGGAGCUCAUCAACAAUCCUCCGGUUAUGUUUUUCGAUGAACCCACGAGUGGUCUGGACAGCUCGUCGUGCUUCCAGGUGGUCUCUCUGCUCAAAGCUCUGGCUCGAGGAGGACGGACGGUCAUCUGCACCAUCCACCAACCAAGCGCCAAGCUGUUUGAACUCUUCGACAAGCUGUACGUGCUGAGUCAGGGUCAGUGUAUCUACAGGGGACAGGUGUCCAGUCUGGUUCCCUACCUGAGAGACCUCGGACUAAACUGCCCCACCUACCACAACCCCGCUGACUUCGUGAUGGAGGUAGCGUCCGGAGAGUAUGGGGACCAGAUGAUCAGGCUGGUGAGAGCCGUCCAGGAGAGGAAGUCUGAGAAGGACUAUCAGACCGAGCUGAACGGAGACACGAGCCUCCACGCCUUCCUGUGGCAGCGCACAGAGGAGGAGAGCUCAUCAUCUGAAGGUUGUCACAGUUUCUCUGCCAGCUGCAUGACUCAGUUCUCCAUCCUGUUCAGAAGGACCUUCCUCAGCAUCCUCAGAGACUCAGUGCUGACUCACCUGAGGAUCUCGUCUCACAUUGGGAUCGGCGUUCUGAUUGGUCUGCUGUACCUGGGAAUCGGGAAUGAAGCCAAGAAGGUUCUGAGUAACUCAGGGUUCCUCUUCUUCUCCAUGUUGUUCCUCAUGUUUGCUGCUCUGAUGCCCACGGUGCUCACAUUUCCUCUGGAGAUGGGCGUUUUUCUGAGAGAACACCUGAACUACUGGUACAGUCUGAAAGCGUACUACCUGGCCAAGACGAUGGCUGAUGUCCCCUUCCAGGUAGUAUUCCCGGUGGUGUACUGCAGUAUUGUGUACUGGAUGACAGCUCAGCCUCCAGACGCCGGCAGGUUCUUCCUCUUCCUGUCUCUGGGGAUUCUGACCUCUCUGGUAGCUCAGAGUUUGGGUCUGCUGAUCGGAGCUGCUUCCACCUCACUGCAGGUGGCCACGUUUGUGGGUCCGGUCACAGCGAUCCCGGUUCUGUUGUUCUCCGGGUUCUUCGUCAGUUUUGAUACCAUCCCCUGGUACCUGCAGUGGAUGUCCUACAUCUCCUACGUCAGGUACGGGUUCGAGGGCGUCAUCUUGUCCAUCUAUGGUCUGGAUCGAGAGGAUCUUCAGUGUGAUGAAGGUGAGAUGUGUCACUUCCAGAAGUCUGAGGCCAUCCUCAAGGAGCUGGACAUGCUGGAUGCCAAACUCUACCUGGACUUCAUCAUCCUCGCCAUCUUCUUCUUUUCUCUGAGACUCAUCGCUUAUUUUGUCCUCCGGUACAAGAUCAGCUCUGAGAGGUAGACCAGGACUAGGACCAGCAGGACGAGAAGGGGGCAGAGAGCGAGCUCCUGAAGGCCAAAGAGUAGCUGUCUAGUUUGUCUACCUGUGAACCCUGAAUCUACUUUGGCUCGCUCUUAAAAUAAAAAAGGCAUGACGAAGAGACGGCCUGUAGACGUAGCUUUGGUCUGGUCUCAUCGAGGUCCUGUAGGACCAGGAGCUGGUCUUCUGGAUCCUGAACGUUUCACCGUGCCACAUCGUGAACUGAUAUUUACUUUUCAGAAUAAAAGCCUCUGCAGUUGCGGUGUUUUUAAAGAGUCUCAAGAUGAGGCCAUUUUUGCUUCUUUAGUUAAUCACUGAGAUCAAAGGUGAAAGCAGCAUGAGCACAUGUGGACUGACAGACUGCGUCUCAGACUGUUGAUGAAUAAAGACGCAUCAUUUCCUGAACAAACAC